CGGGGGCAGAGGAGGGAGGGGAGGGGAGCAGCAGUGUAGGAAAAGAGGAGGAAGCAGCAAGGAUGGCGGAGUCACACCUCUGAAGUGUUUUUUUCAGAGGGAUUAAGCAAACUGCUGCAACCUAAAGCAACUUCUAAUCAGCAGACCUGGGAUUGACGGGAGUUUAAAGGCUCAAGCAUGAGUCCAGUGGACGCCACAGGUUACUUGCUUCGAAGCCGUAUUUGCCCCAUUCUACUUUAGCCAAGGAACAGUCCCUAAAACGUCCCUUAGGUCAAGUGGCCAUUUAUUCCAAGGGUAAUCAUCAAUUUGUCGGCCUGGAUAGGGAUGUAUAUUUUAAAAGCUUCUUUGAUUAUCUGUGUCCCUUUGUUUCUUAAUAAGUAACCUGUCAAGAGAGAGUCCCAUGCACAUCUAUGCUGGGGUGCUGAUUACGUCAAAAUGAGUAGUUCCUUAGGUAAAGAAAAAGAUUUAAAAGAAAAGGACCCUAAAGGUGGUCUAGCAGGUAAAGAAAGGGACAAAGAGGCCAAGGCUUUAUCCAGCCUAGUCAAAGAUGGUGGCAAAGAAACAAAGACCAAAGGGAAAGACACAAAGGAAGGAAAGAAGGACACAAGCAGCUCAACUCCAGGUGUUGCCUUUUCUGUUGACAACACGAUAAAGCGGCCAAACCCAGCACCAACCACACGCAAGAAAUCCAGUAAUGCAGAGGUCAUCAAAGAGCUUAAUAAGUGUCGGGAAGAGAACUCAACCAGACUGGACCUAUCCAAACGGUCCAUUCACAUGCUGCCCACUGCUAUUAAGGAGUUGACUCAGUUGUCAGAACUCUAUUUAUACAGCAACAAGCUACAGAGCCUACCAGCUGAGGUGGGCUGCCUGUCAAGCCUGGUCACUUUAGCCCUCAGCGAGAACUCCUUAACCAGUUUGCCCGAUUCCUUGGAUUCUCUGAAGAUGCUUAAAAUGCUUGAUCUCCGGCACAACAAGCUCAGAGAGAUACCUCCUGUGGUCUACCGGCUGACGUCUCUGACCACGCUGUACCUGCGCUUCAAUCGCAUCACCACAGUGGAGAAGGACAUCCGAAAUCUUUCCAAGCUCACCAUGCUCAGCAUCCGGGAGAACAAGAUUAAACAGCUACCAGCAGAAAUAGGGGAGCUAUGCAGCCUCAUUACUCUGGAUGUUGCCCAUAAUCAGUUGGAACAUCUACCAAAGGAGAUCGGAAAUUGCACACAAAUAACCAACCUUGACCUGCAGCACAACGAGCUCUUGGACCUCCCAGAGACUAUAGGAAAUUUGGCAAGUAUAAAUCGAUUAGGACUGCGAUAUAACCGAUUGUCAGCCAUCCCCAAGUCGUUAGCCAAAUGUCGAGAACUUGAGGAACUAAACCUUGAAAACAACAACAUUUCAGUAUUGCCAGAGGGCCUGCUGUCCAGUUUGCUAAAUUUGACCAGUCUGACGCUGGCCAGGAACUGCUUCCAGUCUUACCCUGUGGGUGGGCCCUCCCAGUUCUCCACUAUUUACACGCUCAACAUGGAGCACAACCGCAUCAACAAGAUCCCGUUUGGUAUCUUCUCCAGGGCCAAAGUGUUAAGCAAGCUCAACAUGAAGGACAACCAGUUAACAGCUUUGCCGUUGGAUUUUGGUACAUGGACUAGCAUGGUUGAACUUAACCUGGCCACUAAUCAGCUGAAUAAAAUCCCAGAAGACAUCUGUGGACUUAUCUCUCUAGAGGUAUUAAUACUGUCCAAUAAUCUUCUGAAGAAGCUACCGCAUGGUAUUGGAAGUUUGAGAAAGUUACGAGAACUCGACCUGGAGGAAAACAAAUUAGAAUGUCUACCGCAUGAAAUCGCUUACCUUAAAGAUUUACAGAAAUUGGUGUUGACCAAUAAUCAGCUGACUACAUUACCAAGAGGCAUCGGCCACCUCACCAACCUGACUCACCUUGGAUUGGGAGAGAACCUGCUGCAACACCUUCCUGAGGAGAUCGGCACACUGGAGAAUCUGGAGGAACUGUACCUCAACGACAACCCCAACCUGCACAGCCUCCCGUUUGAGCUGGCCCUUUGCAGCAAGCUGUCCAUCAUGAGCAUCGAGAACUGUCCCCUCACCCACCUGCCGGCCCAGAUCGUUGCAGGUGGCCCGUCUUUCAUCAUCCAGUUCCUUAAGAUGCAGGGACCUUACCGUGCCAUGGUCUGAGCCAAGAGCAGCUUAGUGCCACUUCAAGCGCCACUCCAAACCCUCGGCUUUACUCUGCACCCCUUCGCCUGCCUGCCCUCCCAUUAUGUGUAUCAUACACUGUAAAGAAAACAGACUCGCUACAAUCAGUGUUUUGGGUGGGGGGCACCUAACAAUAGGGGAGGGACACGCACAAGGAUCGCGUUUUGUUCUCAGUACUCUGGCAGAAAUGAAGGCAAACUCUUGGAGACUUCAGUGUUCCUCCAGAGUUGAUCCCAGUCCUUCAUGACCCCAGGCCACCGAAAAAAACCGCUCACUUUUCAUUCCAGAUCAUAAAACGAGGCAAAGCCCUCCACGAGUUUGCCAAAAAUGAAGAUAUUUAAAGUUUGAUCAAGUGACUGGCCUCAGAGGGAAGUCCUCCAGCUUUUUAAACCAUAAUCCCAUUGCCAAUGUAUUUACAGUAAUUACAGCAUCUAUUAUGUGAGCAAGGAUACAAUUGUAUGCAAAAACACAAAAACAAGUCUUUGGGACUUCUCGUUUGCUGCUGCUGUAAUUUUAAACUCUGUCAUCUUAUACCUUCUUUUUUUUUUUACGUAAUCUUUCCUCGUCAUAACUUAUGUUAAAUGUUUGUGACCCUGAAGAACAAAGGUCUAAUGUUUUGGUCUUUUUUUUUUUUUUUUUGGCUUUUAAAUGUUUUUUUUCUUUUAAAACUGUGCCUAUGUUUAGAGUGAUCCGGUGGUUCAUUUCUAAACACACUUCUCCAUGAAAUACAAAGACGUAAAUUAUUUCAAUUGUUUUUAUUACUGUUUUCACUUUUUUUUUUUUUUUAAGUGUACCUGUUGCAUCAUUCUGUCAUGCAAGUGAUAUCAGUUGUAAAAUACGGAGAACCUUUUUAACAAAUAGCAGCAGUAGGUGUUAGCAUUGAGCUAGUCUUGUAUACAUAUGAUAAAUGCCAAUCAUACAUGUCUGUGGAGGACAGAUGGGGGUGACUUGGACUUUUUGUUGCCCCAAAAAGGAGUGAGCGAGGCGGCCUCUGCCUGGUAUUGGGACGGAGUCAUGAAACAUACCUAGGUGAUGAGAUAAACGAUAGAUGUUUUAUACAUUUAUACAAUUUCUGGUUGUUGCCUUGGGUGCAAUUUUAGUUAUGUUUACUUGUUUGAUAUUAUCUCCAGUGUUGGACUUCAUUGCCGUCAUCCAGUUGUUCAUUGACCUACAUAUCGAGCAUUAUUAAAGUAUAUUUCUGAGUCUAUGGAGCAAGUUGGUGAGUGUCGGCGCUUCGCAAAGAUUUGAUAAUAAAAAUUUUGACGGGUAACUCAUCCGUGACACUUUAUUUUUUCUUUACAAGUUCCAGUUAUUCUCCUUUGUUUAACUGAGUGUAAAUUAUCCCAAACACACAACUGAUGGUAUACUCCUUUAAAAUUUAUAUCUGUUUAUGAUUUUUUUAAAAGAUAUCAUCUGUGCCACACUGUCCCAGCAAUGCUGCUGCAUUCAUGCACUUUUUACGAUACUGGCAUCUUUUCUCCUGAGGUGGGCACAUAAAAGCCCCUCUAUUUAACCUUGGGGGCAUUUCUAAGUUGUUGUUUUUUUCUUCCUUUUUAAUGGCAAAUUCUGUAAAUUUGUAUCACUUGAAUAUAAUUGAGUUUGGCAGUCUCAGAAUUUAAAAUCAACUUUGGUGGAAAUUUAUUUUUGUCAAUUAUUAAAGGAGCUUUGCUGUUUCUGGCUUUAAAAAUGUUUUUAAAACUCCCAUGUCCUGCUUUAUCCAUUGCUUGAAAAAUGGCUUGCAUUUAAAAGGAGCAAUGUUGAUUAUAAAUACACUUUCAUUAAGUUUUUUUUUGUGUUUGUUUCUUAAUGAUUAAAUGUAUAUUGAGUAUUUUUUUCCCAAGUGACUGUACAUUAAAACCCCCUUAUAAAAGGUCA